AUGAACUAUCAUCAAGCCAACUUGCUGAACCGAUACACUCUUUCAAUCGAAAAUACGAGAGUCACGCUUUAUCACGAAGACGAACGACGGAAAGCCGGUAGCGAACCAGAAAGGCAACGAGUAAUUCAACAAGAAGAGCUCUUCAAAAUUUUUUACAAAACACACGUUAAACUUGGACAUGCAGGGAUCUGCGUGAUGUGGAAAGGACUCAGAGAGUUUUUAUGGUAUUUCAAAAGAAAUAAUUGCUAUAUUCGUCAAUCUCUGGGAAGAAUGCGAAAUGAAGCGUCAAAAUCCAAAGAGAACAGUCGUGGUGUAACCAAUACGGACGCAAAGACAGAA